AGGCGAAGCAUUGUUUAUUUAUUUAAGUCUUUGUAAAACGUUUGCAUUUUCUAUGACUUUAUAGUUAUUGUUCAAGUAUUAAUCUUCCAAUCUUUCAAUAACACAUAAUUCUCAAAAUGUAAUUUCAAAUUUCCCGUCAACUUUUAACAUUUUUUAUCUCAAAAACAUGACCAGCUACAGGAUGACUGACUGUCAUAAAACUCAACCACCGGGCUUACCAUGUUUUCUGGGGGAUACCCUGCAAGCACAAUGCAUGCUAAUAUUUAUUUAUCACAUACCAGAAAAAACAGCUACCUUCUGUUUAUUCAUAGUCAUUGUUGUAUUUUCUGUCUUUGUUUUAGGUUCAAUGUCAAGAAGAGGUAUGUGUAGCAUCUCUUAAACAUUGAGCUAUACAGCGAGAUCUAAGAAAAUAUGUGUUUGUCCUGAAUAUUAUUUUUUUAUAUGCUCUGCUUUUUUUCAUUUCAUGAUAAGAGAGAACACAUAUCUCGGAGGAAGUGAAGGUCUUCCUCCAGAAAGCCUAUAAAGAAGGGAUGACCAGGGUGGGAUCUCCACUGGUUGGAGCAGCAUCCCAGGCCACUGGCUUGCCACCGUUUGUCAUUGAUAACUGGAUUGGAAACUAUAGAAGAAAAAAGCCAUCUUCUUCUCAACCUAAAAACAAGAAGUUAUACACCAAGGACCUGUCUGGUUACAACCUGUUCUGCAGGGAUCAGUUAAAGAACAAGGACCCCGGGAGGAAAAUUAGGACACCAACUGUGGAAGACAUUUUGAAUGCAAUCUGUGCAAAUGAUGAGCGGAGCGUAACAGAGCCUAUGGGUUUGACGGAAGUGCUGCCAAGAGAACCGACUACAGAUGAUACUACGGAUGUUUGCAACAUCUGCCACUGUCUGUUCAGUGAUGAAAAAAAAAAUGCCAAGAAGAAGUGGCGUGAGUGGCGACGUUGCAACACAUGUGAGCAGUGGUCACACCUGGCAUGUGGAUUCAAGAAAAACUUGUCGUCAUUGUCAGACUCCCAGAAGUUGAGCCUUGUUAUGUCUUUCAGAGCGAAGGUGAAACAUUAACAUGUUUAACGUUGAAAAAUUGUCUGCACUGGGACUGCAAAAAAGACACUUCUAAUUUGGUCACAGUUGUGACAUCUGACAGCUGUCAAUGUUAGCAUUUCCUGUAGUUUUUUCUUAAACAAUUGAUAAAUGUACAAUGCAUCAAUAAAAGCUUUUGUAUUGAAAAGAUA